GAUCUGCCCGCCUCUGCCUCCCAAAGUGUUGGGAUUACAGGCAUGAACCACCGCGCCUGGCCUAACUUCCAUCUCUUGAGGGCUCCCCCAGCCACUUCUCACAUGAACCUUCCUCAGCACCUUCCACUGAGGCUGCUGCUUGACCUUGGUCACCCUGCAACUCAGCGGGGAAGGCAAAGGACAGUGAGGGCUGCUCACAGCAAACCUAGGGCAGAUCAGGAAAGGCCUCCCUGAGCCAGAAACCAUUACGCUGGGACUGUGGGAUGAGAAUGAGUUCGCCCCAGAAGGAAGGCAGCUGGUUCCUGGGGAGGAGACAGAAAUCUGCAAAGGGAGGGUGGCCAAGUCUGGCCGCAGGAGCCACCCAGUGACCCUAAGCAGGGGAGCGUCAUGGGUUCCCCAGGGCACAGCCCCGACCCUUCAGCAGCUAGAAAAGAUCAGCUGUGGAUCGAGAGGGUGCUGAGCCGGCCCUGCCCUCUGGAAGGGGAAAGGCCACGGCUGCAGGCAGCAGCCGCGGGCGCAGCGGGACUCGGGGGCUUGGGCCCCGCCUCCGCCCCGCGCGUGCGCGUGCGCAGGGAUAAGAGCGAGGUCUGGACGGCGCGUGGCCGGCGCAGCUGCGGGGACAGCUCGACCGGCGGUGGGAUGGCGCGGGGUGGAGCGCAGCGAACAGGGGCUCUAGGCCUGGUGCUGCGGCUGCUGCUCGGCCUCGGACUAGGCCUGGAGGUCGCCGCCACCCCGCUUUCCACCCGGACCUCUGCCCAGGCCUCAGGCCCCAGCUCAGGCUCGUGCCCACCCACCAAGUUCCAGUGCCGCACCAGUGGCUUAUGCGUGCCCCUCACCUGGCGCUGUGACAGGGACUUCGACUGCAGCGACGGCAGCGAUGAGGAGGAGUGCAGUGAGUGGCCACGCCUCAGGGCGGGGCUUACAGGGGGCGGGCCUGAGGAUGGGCUCUUAGGGGCCAGUCUCGCGGAGGUGGAGCUUGUGGGAGAGGCAGGGCCACAGGGAUAGGUGCGACUUGAGUCUGUGGGUCAUAAGAAGAAGCGGGGUCUAAGAUGAGCUUGAGCUGGGCCCAGUGGCUCAUGCCUGCAAUCCCAGCACUUUGGGAGGCUAGGGUGGGAGGAUCGAUCACUUGAUCCUGGGAGGUUGAGGCUGCAGUGAGCUAGGAUUGUGCCAGUGCACUCCAGCCUGGGCAACAGAUUAAGACUCUGUCUCAGGAA